GCCAGAGCGCCCGGGGUUGCUGCGCCCUCCAGGCAGGGCGAAGGCGCUUUUGAUCCAAUUAGCUUGCUGUCACUCCGGGGAUGAAGCGAGGCCCUGCCCAACAGUCGCAGGGGAGGCUGAGCUGGCCACGCCGAAGGGAAGGCUAUUAGCGCAACGCGGUUUCGAUGCCAAGAUAGCGCACUGGAAGAGGACCAGAAGCGGCGCGCCUCUGCGGAUGCACAGAGUGCAGGGCCUGCCUCCCACAUCUAGGAACGAGCAGGAGGGCGCCGGAGUGAUUUUCAAACAACCUCUUUUUCAGGGAUAAGACAAAAUGCCCUCUGAGAAGCAGUCAAAGAACAAGAAAUCGCUGAAAACAUGUGAGGGUCCUUCAGAAAAAGAGGCAAAAUCAACUGGGAAAAGGAAACAAGAUCACAGCGAACUGGAAAAUGAGCCACAAACUAAGAAAUUGCUUGUCAGAAAACUCUCCAAACUUCCAGAGAAAACUGGGCAUACUAUCCAUAACUCCAUAACUGGAAAAACAGGAGUGCUCUUUCCUCAUCGAGAGAUGCAGAGGAGCAUUGUCCAUUAUGUCUACCAGAAUGUUUUAGGUUCCUCUAUUGGGGCACAGCUGAAGAAGCGUCUCCAGAUGCCUUUUGUACAUUCUCUCAACUCAUAUCGCUUGUUCAGAACAGCAAGUCCCUUUGAUAGGAGAGUUACAUGUUUGGAGUGGCAUCCAGCUCAUCCCAGCACAGUUGCUGUGGGCUCCAAAGGUGGAGAUAUCAUCCUGUGGGACUAUGAAGUGCUUAAUAAAACCUGCUUCAUAAAAGGGAUGGGAGCUGGAGGGUCCAUCACAGGAAUGAAGUUUAACCCUCUGAACCCUAGUGAGCUGUAUACCUCAUCAGUUGCUGGAACUACUGUCCUCCAGGAUUUUAAUGGAAAUACAAUCCGGGUCUUCACCAGUACGGAUGAUUGGGAUUUCUGGUACUGCAGCGUAGAUGCAUCUGCAAUUUGCCGGACUGUGGUGACAGGUGAUAAUGUGGGCAAUGUCAUCCUGCUCAGUACAGAGGGUGAAAAGAUAUGGAGCCUGAAACUGCACAAAAGGAAAGUUACUCAUGUGGAGUUUAAUUGUAGCUGUGAUUGGCUUUUGGCUACAGCCUCCGUGGAUCAAACUGUCAAAAUCUGGGAUCUGAGAAAGAUUAAAGACAAGUCAUGUUACCUUUAUACACUUCCUCAUGAUAAAGGUGUCAAUGCAGCCUAUUUCAGCCCAACAGAUGGUUCUAAGCUGCUGACUACUGACCAGCACAGUGAAAUCCGAGUUUAUUCCUCCUCUGAUUGGUCCAAACCACAGCAUCUGAUUCCACAUCCCCAUCGGCAAUUUCAGCACCUCACAUCUAUCAAGGCAACGUGGCAUCCUCGUUAUGACCUCAUUGUAGCUGGUCGUUAUCCAGAUCCUAAUUUCCCAGGAUACACAGUAGAUGAGCUGCGAACUGUCGACAUAUUUGAUGGGGACAGUGGGAAAAUGCUGUGCCAGCUAUAUGAUCCAAAUGCAUCUGGCAUUAUUUCGCUCAAUAAGUUUAACCCUAUGGGAGACACACUAGCCUCUGGAAUGGGUUUUAAUAUUCUGAUCUGGAGCAGGGAGGAAAUGGUAACCAGAAAACAGGAGUGUCUCAUGCAAGCUAUGACAGAGCAGGGAAUUGGUAGCAGGGGCUCAACCGGGCCCAGAGGACGGAGGCAAUCAAACACUGGAACAAAUAGACUCAAAACUAAACUGCUCAGUCUGGAUGUGGAGAGAAGCAAAACCAAUAGUAAGGAAUGCACAUCACAGAAGAAACGGAAAGGAAAGGGAUCAGAGGACUGACUAGGCAAGCAUCUGUAGUGCUGAAUCCCUCUGCUGGACAGGAGGGGCGUCAGAGGGAAUGGGCCCUUUAGUCCAUCUUCUCUGGUUGUGAUCGACGCUGCUGGGUUGGAAAAGCAGAGCCUUUCUUUAAAAAGCAGCAGCAAGAAAUAAGGAAGCAGGUUCUUGUGCUCUUUUGUAAAACCACAAAGGGUGCUGCUCCUGCUCACAGCUUCUGACUUUCAAUCAUCUGGGAUACAGUAUAACGCAACGAGCUAGGCUAUGCUGACGGAGCAGUUUGCAUUUCAGAACUGGCUCUCUUCCCUUCAUUGUAUUGAGCAACCUGCGUGUUUUUUCCCUUCCAUGCUGGGCUCAAAAUGCAAGAUUUUUUCCUUCCUCAAAAGAGGAAUGUGGGGAUUCUUUCCCACCAUCCUUUUCUCAGAGUCCUAAGUCUUGCCAGGAUAAAGGCAUUUGCUUGAAUGUUAGCUUUUGUUACAAAACUGCCUGGGAUGUGGGCAUGCAAAUAUACAUCUGACAUGACUGGCAAGGUGAAGCUGCUGCUAGUUGGAAUUUUAUAUAUGUUGUUAAUUCACUUUAUGCUUACAAUGCUGAGAUAUUGAAUAAAGUUUUGUAUAGAACAAA